UGCAUUUGUUUGCGUUCAGCUCUUAUUACAAAUCCCAGGACAGUGUCCGGUCAUCGUAUAUGAUAACUACUAUAUACUCCCUCCAUAUACACACAGCAUCAGCCUCUAUGCACACGUAGGAGGAUUCGGUGCAUGCGCAGAGCAACUAGGAAGUGACCCGAGAAGCAGCAUGUAUCUCUCCGCCGCCGUCCGCUCCAUGCUGACCGGACUCAUACUGUGUAGCCUGAGGGUUGCAGCGACUCAGCAGCUCCGCCACCCUCCGACCAGGAUAGCGGUUGUUGGAGCCGGAAUUGGAGGAACAUCGGCAGCCUAUUUCUUACGUCAGAAGUUUGGGAAAGAUGUCCACAUUGAUGUAUUUGAGAAGAGUGAUGUUGGUGGCCGACUGGCUACGAUCGAGAUGGAAGGGAACCAGUAUGAGGCUGGGGGGGCAGUGAUACACCCCUUGAAUCUCCAUAUGAAAGCCUUUGUUAAAGAUCUGGGUCUGAGUCCACGCACACCUUCUGCAGAUCUGCUGGGAAUUUACAAUGGGGAUGAGUUUGUUUUUCAAGAGAGUGAAUGGUUCCUUAUAAACAUUAUAAAAAUGCUGUGGAAUUAUGGACUGAAUUUCAUUCGAAUGUACAUGUGGGUGGAAGAGAUUUUGGAUAAGUUCAUGAGGAUUUACCGCUAUCAGACGUUCGAUUAUUCUUUCUCCACCACAGAAUCUUUACUGCAUGCCAUGGGUGGCGAUGACUUCAUAUCAAAGCUGAACAUGACCAUAGAUGAAGCGAUGCAGAAAUCUGGCUUCACACAGAGGUUUAUUGAUGACAUAGUGGUUCCAGCUAUGAGGGUCAACUACGGGCAAGGAGUUAAGAUCAAUGGGUUUGUUGGUGCUGUUUCUCUUGCUGGAACUGACUCUGGACUGUGGGCAGUGGUGGGUGGGAAUAACCUGGUUUGUAGUGGCCUCCUAUAUUCUGCAAAAGCCCAGCUAAUUCAGGGCACUGUCACUUCUGUGCAGGAGAAAGUUCGCUCUACAAAGCCUGGAAAUAUAGUGACACUGUAUGAAAUAAGCUAUAUAACGGACACAGGGCCUGGGUUGGACUUGUAUGAUAUUGUAGUCAUCGCAACACCGCUCAACGGGAAUCUUGGUAACAUCAAGUUUGUGGGCUUUGACCCACCAAUCAAAACUUUUUCCAGACCUUACCAACAGACAGUGACCACAUUUGUUCAUGGACGGAUCAAUGCUUCCUUCUUUGGAUACUCCAAAUCAUGUCAGUUUCCGCUAUCAGAAAUAUUAACUACAGAAAACCCCAAACUUUUUAUCCACAGUAUUUCAGCCGUGUCUCCAGUUAAUCCAGUACCAGAAUCUGAUGCAUCAAAAGCUUCAGGUCUCAGAGUCUGGAAAAUCUUCUCUCCGGAAGUCCUAAUCGAUGAACAGUUGCAUCAGCUGUUUGAGUCUUACCAUGCAGUUAAAGUGAGAAGUUGGUUGGCUUAUCCAAAAUACAGCCCACCAGAGAAAAUGCCACCAAUAAAACUUCACCGUGCAAUUUAUUACCUGAAUAGCAUUGAAUGGGCAGCCAGUGCCAUGGAGAUGAGUGCCAUCUCUGCCAAGAAUGUGGCGCUUUUAUCUUACCAUCAGUGGUAUAGAAAGGAUGAUCACAUUGACCAAGAGGAUUUAGCAGAACGGCUAAAGACUGAGCUAUAGAUUUUUUUAUUUAUUUUUGUCUGACAUAAUUAUCAAUGUUCUAAAACUACUGAAGACAAAUCCACCUUUAUUUUGAGAUAUUUACUUGAUAGUUUUUUUUAAACCUACCUAAAACCUUCGAACUAAGUAUAGGUGGGCCAGAUUCUACUCCCUUGCUAGGUCCCCUCAGUCCCAACCCAGCCCAGGGAGUUAAGACCAAGGGACACAGAAGAAACGGGAGCACCACACAUUAAGAAAAGUAUGGUAAUUUCCUUAUAAAGUUAAAGGGGUUGUAAAGGUAAAAAAAAAAAAUCUCUAAAUAGCUUCCUUUACCUUAGUGCAGUCCUCCU